UCUCGCGUAACUGCGCUGUGCACGUGUGUUGUCCGGGUUCGUGUUGCGGUAGCCAUGGACGCUUUGGAUCGAGUUGUAAAGCCAAAAACGAAACGAGCCAAGAGAUUCCUUGAGAAGAGAGAACCGAAACUUAGUGAAAAUGUUAAAAAUGCUAUGCUGAUUAAAGGGGGAAAUGCAAAUUUACUGGUGACACAAGUACUUAGAGAUGUGUAUGCAUUGAAAAAACCAUAUGGCGUUCUGUAUAAAAAGAAAAACAUUACAAGACCAUUUGAGGAUCAGACAUCAUUGGAAUUCUUUUCAAAGAAGUCAGAUUGCUCUUUAUUCAUGUUUGGCUCCCAUAAUAAGAAGCGGCCAAAUAAUCUAGUAAUAGGUCGUAUGUAUGACUUCCACGUGCUCGAUAUGAUCGAAUUAGGUAUUGAGAAGUUUGUCUCUCUAAAAGACAUCAAGAAUAGUAAAUGUCCUGAGGGAACAAAACCCAUGUUAAUAUUUGCUGGUGAUGAUUUUGAUUUAACAGAAGACUACAGAAGGCUAAAAAAUCUUCUUAUUGAUUUCUUCAGAGGCCCCACAGUAUCAAAUAUCCGCCUGGCUGGUUUAGAGUAUGUUCUGCACUUCACUGCACUGAACGGGAAGAUUUACUUUCGAAGCUACAAGCAUUCUUGCAAGCUACACUUCUGUGUCCUGCCUUUGCUUUUACCUGAACAGUUGGUACAAGUAAACCUGCUCAGUGAAGUAAUUCAGCACACAUUAAUAGUCUGUUGUAAAACACCAAGGAUUGAAUUGGAAGAGAUGGGGCCCUCAUUGGAUCUGGUUCUGAGGAGGACACAUCUGGCGUCAGAUGAUCUUUACAGAUUAUCUAUGAAAAUGCCAAAAGCCCUCAAGCCAAAGAAGAAGAAAAAUGUCUCCCAUGACACUUUUGGCACAACUUAUGGAAGGAUUCAUAUGCAGAAGCAAGACCUAAGCAAACUACAAACCAGGAAAAUGAAGGGGUUGAAGAAGCGACCUGCAGAAAGGAUAACAGAAGACCAGGAGAAAAAAUCAAAGAGAAUUAAAAAAAAUUGAUGGAACUAGCCAAUAACUGCAGUGUUAUU